CUAAUGACUUUUUAAUAGUAAAACUUACAAACUAGUCACACUAAACUCAGUGCUAUUUUAUUAAUGGUGAGAUACAACGAAGUAGUGUUCCGUGUUUUGUCUUAUGCACGUGGUAUUUGAGGAUAUUCAAAUUUUAAAAGGGUAAAUCAAACAACUCCCUAGUCUUUAACCAAUUGUAGCCUACAAUUUACAUAUUAAAAUUAUUUUCUACAUACGUAUCUAUUUGUUCUAGACGCAACUAACGUACGUUGCAUAGUAAACAGUUUAUUUGAUUUAUUUAUUUCUGUCAAAAUCAAUAACCUCUAGUUCAGCGUUUACGCAACUGAUCUUUUUUUAGUUGAAAAUUGCUUCCAAUUACGUUCGUUUAAGUAUAAUGUGUGGCAAUGUCGUUGCUUGUUUUUAAACAAUCAACCGGUUAUCUCCCGCUAUUUUAAACUAUAUAAGGUAGGGAGCUUAUUUAACAACAAUCAUUAAACAGUAUCUACUUCAGCGUUAACGAGUGCACAAAGAUGUAUGAGAAAAUAAUAAAAGGUGAUCUGGAAGCCGAUGUCAAGAUUAUUGACAUGAGGACGGAUACCAUCAGCAAGCCUACACCUGAAAUGAGAGAGGCCAUGUAUGCUGCUGAGGUUGGUGAUGAUGUAUAUGGAGAAGAUCCCACGGUGACUGAGUUGGAACGAAGAGCUGCGGAGCUUUUAGGAAAGGAAGAUGCUAUUUUUGUGCCGAGUGGCACGAUGGCAAACCUAUUAGCAAUGAUGGUACACUGUCCUCAAAGAGGAUCUGAAAUAAUUUCUGGAGAUAAGUCACACACUUUCUUGUUAGAACAGGGAGGAGCUGCUCAGUUGGCUGGAAUCCAAACUCGUUGUUUAAAGACCAAAGACGAUGGAACCUUUGAUCUCGAUGAACUCAGAGAAAAGAUAAAGAAAAAUGUAGAUAUUCAUGAGACAAUUACGUCUCUAAUAACCGUCGAAAAUACCCAUAAUUUGUGCGGUGGUAGGGUGGUUCCUCUAGACUGGCUGGAAAAAGUUGGUAGCAUAGCUGCCGAACACGAUAUUCCCGUUCAUAUGGAUGGUGCUAGAAUGAUGAAUGCCGCUGUAUACUUAAAAGUGAGUCCUCGAAGGAUUGUUCGAGAUGUAGACACUGCCUGCUUUUGCCUCAGCAAAGGUUUGGGAUGCCCAAUAGGAUCAAUGUUAGUGGGACCUGCUGAUUUCAUAAACAAGGCCCGGCGUAUUCGAAAGGCCCUAGGAGGUGGUUGGAGACAAGCUGGAAUACUGGCUGCAGCUGGAUUAGUAGCUCUGGAUACUAUGAUAGACAGAUUGAAGAUUGAUCACGACCACGCUUUUAAAAUUGCAAGAGCUGUACAUCACAUGAGAUCCAACUUGUUUAAAGUGCAACUGAGCAAGGUUCAAACCAACAUUAUUUUGGUGUACAUAGAUCGAACAAAGAUCGACAUAAAAGAGUUCCAGCGCCGAUUGCAAAACGUGGUACCUGGAGACGAAGUAAGGGCGAGUGUCAGAUGUUCCUCUUUGAAAAACGACUGCGUCAGGUUCGUCACCUAUCACGAGAUCUCAGAGGAAGAUAUAUCGCUUGCCAUAGAAAAGAUCCGUUUGGUCAUAAGAGAGUAUGAUGUUAAAUAUCAACUAGAUUAAAAAUUUCGAAAAUUUAGCUAAAAAGCAAUGAGAGUUGAAAGUACUCCGAGUUGCUCAUUAUAAUUUUCCGGUAAAUUCAGGUCCAAUAAUCGACAAGUUCAAACAUUUAUGCGAAUAUUUUAGAUGCUUAUUCCUUCUAGUAAAUAAUCUUGCUGCUGCCUUUCUUUUUUUGGACUCUUAUUCAUCCAACUAGACCUUCCCUAUGUUCAGUUAAUGAACUUGUUAGUUUUUCUUGCUGUCCAAGGUAUCUUCAGCUUCCGCCUACGAAUUAACAUUUCCAAUGCUUAAAUUCUGCGUUCAUACAUUACUGGUCGAUACAUUUAUUGUCCAUAAUUCUGCACCAUACAAAAGUACAGACCAAAUAUAGCACUUAACCAUUCUUUGUCUUAGUUCUAAACUGAGAUGAUUACAUAUUGCAAAUAAUUGACGUCAUUUCAUUCCUACGUAUUCAAAAUAUCUACUUCUCCAUUUUUUCUGGCUCUCCUAUUGUAUCUCCUAUACAGUAUCGUAACCUUCAUUCAAUUCAUUAACCUCGUUGUUUCUCCUGAUUCUCCAUGUGCUGUCUUCCUCUUGCACCGGGCCAUAUACUUUUCUCAUUAUUUUUCUUUCGAAUGUCCUGAGUUGGGCUUCAUCCCUUUUUGUCAUUACCCAGGUUUCACAACUAUAGGUUACUACGGGUCCAAUCAAUGCUCUGUAGAUGGUCAUUUUGAACGUAGAAUACUCUUCCCACUACCUUUUAAUUAUAAAACAUACUUUGACAUAUUUCUAAAUGUUUUCCACAAGCUUUCUUUAUAAAUAUUUCUCUCGUCAAUCUUUUGUCCCUCUAGAGGGAGUAUAGUGGUCGUCGUGAUAAUUGUGUAUAGUCCGUUUUUAUAGACUUCUGUCUCUGGUCAUUUCUAUUCCAUCGUGGAUACGUCUUUUGCAACUUCCUAUGAUCUGGUCAAUCCAUCUUGUUGAUCUGAGUCUCUUACUGAUAUUUAGUUCUUUUAGAAUAGAAUUAUUCGUUCCAUGGUAGGUCCAUGGAAUUCUCAAUAUUCUUCUCCCACAAAACAUUUCAGUGGCGUCUUUGUCCUUUCUGAUUGCCUUAGUGUCCAAGAUUCGGAUCCAUAUGUCAGUACUGGAACUAUUAGGAAGUUGAGCAAUAUCAUUUUUUGGUUUUUUGAAAUAAUGAAGUCUUUCCUUAGUUUGGUCAUUUUGGCCAGCUUCCCCAAAGCGAUCUGCGUUUUAUCUCCUCCUGGGAUGUCCCUGUGUUUCGUGAUCAAUGAUUCAGAUACAAAAACGGGUUACAACAUCAUUUUUAUAUGUGGAUGAUUAUUGUGUUGCCUAUCCAUUAAGGGCCGAAUCACAGAAUAGGAAUAGCUAUUUGUAUAACAAGGGAGGAAAGUGCUAGUUUUCCUCCCGAGAAUGAAGUUUACUGCCCGACGCGUAGCGGAGGGCAGUAAUCAUUCAAGGGAGGAAAAGGCACUUUACUCCCAUGUUAUACAUAUGGUUUUUCCACCUUCCUCAAAUAACAAGUCAUUUUUUGCAUUUUUACUUAAUUUAUUUAUGUAACUAACCAACAAAAUUUAUUAGAACUAAAACAAACAAGUAGGUACAAUAUAACUGUCAACUGUCAAAUAUAAGUCAAAUUAUUAAUGUAAACAUUGUUAAAUCAGAAUAAAAAUUUACUGUUUUUUACCAUUCUGCAAAAUACAGAGUGUUUUUAAAUAAACGUUAAAAUGUAUAGAUACUUACGUAAUAAAAAAUAGAUAUUGUACAGGGCGUCAAUAAGUUAUAUUUCAUGAAUGAAAUACCAUGACGUCACUUUUACUUUUCCUCCCUAGGGAGGAAAAAUAUUUUCCUCCCUAGGGAGGAAAAGUACAACUUUGCUCCCUACAAUCAGGUCCGGAAAAGUAUACUUUCGGUAGAGGUAGGUGGAAAACAAUAUUGUUUCCUAUUUUGUGACCUAAUCUUCUACUCCAAUUUUCAAUCAGUCGUAUGAGAUUUUUCGUACUUUAUUUCACAAUCUUUUGAACUUAAACUUGUAUUUGAUACUGGAUAAUUUUUAAAAUCUUAGUUAAGGUUUUUGGAUCUAAGAAAAAACUAUGAGAGAUGUGCUGUGAUAGAAUUAGUUUAUGGUUGUUAUAAAUUCUUUCGAAAUUUUAUAAAAAUGCAUUUAACUGGGGUAGAUACUUUCAAAACAAAUGUAUACUAAAUAGUAGUAGAAUAGGAGUAGAAUAUUUAUAGAUGUAAACUAUCUUUUCACUUUCAACUGACUUUGAAAGUUAUUUUACUUACUAAGGAUACUAGGUAUAGAUUAAAAUUUUGUCAAAGAUAGCUCUCUAUAUAAGUUUUCAGUUUAGUUACAAGUAUGUCAACAUCAUCACAUUUAAAAGUAUAGAAUUUUUAGAAAAGCUUAGGUUCACGUAUUAGGUGAUAUUGAUAUAAAUAUGACAAUGAAUAGGGUGGUAUUUAGAACAAUAAGCUUUCAAAAUGUCUAUACUCAAUUCAUAAACUUUUACAUUGGUGGAAUAGUAAACACUCUUAGUUUGUGUAAGCUUUUAAAUUGCUUUGUCCUUCUCUAAUAGUAUUAGUUUUUUUUUAUUGAUGUGUGUAUACUAACAGUUUUAUUACUUUAUAUGUUUUUGUAUUUGUAUUUAAUAUUUUUUAAGUUUUAUUUUAUUUUUAGUAAUUUAUACUUUAUUUUUAUUAAUUUAUAUUAUAGGUUUAUUUAUUUAUUAUUUUAAUAUAUAUUUUAAUAAUA